AACAUUCGGCGGAAACGGAGGAAUAGUUUUCAUUCAGCGGUCCGCUAUUUAAUAACAGUUGUGUAUUUAUAGGAACAUCACAGGAUGGAAAUUAUCAGAGGGAGUUUAGAUGACAUUUCCCGACCUGCAUCGGGUGAGCACACAGGUAGCCGAGUGUCCAGCGUGUCUUUGACUCAUAGUGACAGAGUGUGUCCUACAACUCCCUUUGCCCUUGUUGUUUUGAGCAACGAUGCUGCAGAUAUUCAGAUCCAGAGCAGCUGUGAGGAAACAAUCAGUUCUACAGCCAGUGGUCCUGACCAAGGUCAGAGUCACGUUGGCGUCAUGGAUGAAGAGAGGGAAGGCUUAGAACUUCAAAGAGCCAUUAAUGAAAUGAAACAUCUCGAUGAAAUACUGUCAGAAAGGAUCUUCAAAGAAAAAGAAGCCAAACGUGAAAGAAAAGAGCUUCAAACAAAACUCUGGCAAGAACUCCUGCAGAAUAAGCCCGAUGGUCACUCUGAAAGUGCUCAGGAAGCUUUGAACACAAGAUUGUUUUUAGCUCUGGAGGCACCCAGUGAAGGAACAGAAGAAGAUGAGGACGACUUUGUAGCCGUCUUUGAAACACAGGUUCCUGACUGUGAUCAAGACACACACGGCCAACCUGUGGAGCAAACUGUGCCUUUUCUGACAGACGAGUGGAGUCCAGACAACUCAGAAGAAUCACUUGAGACUGGAGAGGAACAAUUUGAAAACAGCCACUGUGGAGCUUCCAGAGGCAAGAAAAGACAGAAGGACUUUGUCAAGAGAAACAUUGAGUUAGCAAGUGGCGAUGGCGGGCAAAUGCUUUUAACCCAGGCAGAGAAACAACGCCUGGCUGAGCUCCUGCGACAAAUCGAUGAAGAGGAAGAGGACAGUGCCAGAGACGGUGACGGCGAGGAGGACAUGUGGGCUGUGUCAGUCUUGACAAGACAAGGUUACACCCCAGAGCCUUCUGACCUAGAACAGCUGAUUGACAUCGACUCCAAAAUGCGCCUCCUCCUCCCCGAUGAAGAAUUUCACUCGGUGCAAAGUUCCUACACAAACAUAAGCACGAUCCAGGGCCAUGGCUCAGAGGUUGGCUGGAAGUGUGAUGGAGACCCGCAGCCAGGAGAGAAGGUCCUGCAGGAGAGAAAGGAGAGAAGAAGGCAGGAGAGGCGGCUCCAAGACAUCCAACAGCAGCUGGAGAUCCUGGGUCAGAGCCCGGAGAUGACUAAUGAGUCUUCAGACCUGACGGAGGAGCAGUUACUCGAGCUACUGGAUGAGUGUGAGCUGACUGAGAGUUGGACCCUUCAAAACGAAGACACAAUAACUGCAGCCAUAUGAAGCCUUGCUUUGAAAAAUAACGCAUCGCUAUUAUCAGACAUCUUCUGUUCUGUUUUGAGAGAAAAUGGGAUCUAAAACAUACUGCACCACAUCACUGAGUUCUUUAUACAUAAUGAGCCUAUCGUGUGCUCAGGAACAUUAAAGUGUCAGCACUAAAAAAUUUGUAGUUGCAAUUUUUGGUUAAGAUCACAAAUGUUAUUUUCGUCCAACUUGCUCUCUGUGUUUUCAAUACACAGAUGGAUUGAUUCGCGUGUUGACUUCUCAAUACGAGGACGAGGGGGGGCAGGACUGUUCACUGGAUUAAAUUGAACGUCUUAGAUGAGAACAGAACAUUGCCGUCAUUAAAUCUAACAACCGGGUAUUAUGGCCACAGAAUGUUCUAAGACACAGAUAAAAAUUAGCCAACAACUUUGUGUCUGUGGAGUGAGGCCUGCGCACAAACAUGUAUUCAAAAUAAUCCUUCUUCGAUGAAAUAUGGCCUUGUGUGUUAGUACCAUGUGGUCCCACAUGCAGUGUGGUUGUAAAUGAAGGCAGAAGGAUGGUGUAUGGGUCACAGAAGGAAAUCUUCAGACUCCAUUCACUUUCAAACAUUCCUGCCAUUCCUGUCUCUAUAGGUGAUCUGCUUCACAGUGGACCAGAUUAGAAGGAUCUUCUGAAACUGGAGCCUGUGUGACCUUGUCUGAGCUUUAAGAACUUCCCUGCCAAAAGAUUGCUAUUUUCCAGAAUGAGUUUGUCUUGGAGAUUUGUGGAAGCUGUUGACACAGUCCCCAUUUGCUCGUACUUGCCCAGCGUGAGUUACUGGUGUGCACUUGGUAGACCUCGGCCUUAAAGUCCUGCCUACACUCUCUCUCCUGGCGCUGGACACCUAUGGGCCCAUUCACCUCACUCCUUAAGUCAGCUACACAUUCUGACCUUGUCUACUCAACAGGAAUUAUCUGACAUUCCUCUAGGUGGUAAAACGAUUCAACCAGGUGAGCUCUCCAAGGUCGAACACAGAGGAGAGGCCUGCUAUCACAUCAUCUGUCCAGGAAUCUAAGCUGGCGCCUCAGCACGGGUCUUAAAGAGCACAUUCAAUCAAGCGUCAGACCGAUUGCACGGCAUGUAUUGUAUGUUGUCAAAAAUUGACCAUAAUAUGUCAUUAUCAGGCUGAACAAACACUGGACGUGGACUCAAAAGCACUCAGUUUAAACAGAAAAAACCCUUUUACUGGUCUUGAACAAAAACAGGCAACAGCACAAGGCUACAAAAGAGGUCAAAAGGCUUCUAGUAACUGAUCCUAAAUAAAGGCAAGGACGCUUACUGGUCGACAGACAAGAGGAACUGGCAACAGACACAGGAAACAUGCAGGCUAAAUACACAGGUGCAGGUAUAACGAUGAACAGGUGAAACACAUGAGGGCGGGGCCAGGUAAUCACAGAGGAGGGAAACUCUACAGGAAGCAGACACUGAAAGGAGACGCAAUGGUAAUUGUUUCAAAAUAAAACGGGAAACAGUGUUUGUUUUUGGUAAAAUGGUAUACAAGGUUACGUAGAUACCCAGGUGGCGCUCAAGCAUAUGUUUUACAUGUGGCCACUAGCAUCAAUUCUUGAUUAGAAUAGUGUGUAAUAAUGAAUUACAUUUGAUUUUUUAAACACCUGCAUGAGUAUACGGUCAUUAAAGUGGAUACACGUGUAAGUAAAUUCAAGCUGUAUCCACUGGUACAUUCAUUCAUUCAUUCCUUGUCUAUGGUUUUACCCUGGAGUCUGUAGGGAGGAGGGAGCAGAGA